AUGCUGCUGCAACCGAGCCUUCUUUAUCUCCAAUAUUUUUUUUUCUUUUUCUCCUUCUUCUUUUCGUUCUGCGUCUCCCUUUCUCUCUUUUUCUCCCUCUCCCCUCCCUAUCUCUCUCUCACUCACUCUCUCUCUCUCUCUCUCUCCCCCAUCCUAAGCAGUUCCUCGCUCUCCCGUCACAGGAAUUGCUACUUGUUAUUACUCUCCUCGAAGUUGCGAUAUCUGUUUGCACAGAACCACGCUACAACCCUGUCGCAGCCGACUGUCCGCGAAUUACGUUUCGGAGAUGAUGGGUGUCAUGGGAUCAAGUGGCCGCAUCACCCUCACCGGAGGUUCCCAAGGGAAUGGAAAAACCUGGUGGAAAACAUUCUGGUUGAGCUCAAACAACAGUCUCACGAAAAUGACGAAUUGCGUCUGGAAUUGGAAGAGUUGCGAAACACUUCCACGCAGCAAACACAACUGCUUAUGGAUUUAACAGAGAGCGUCAAUCGUCUAGUCCAAACUUUGGUCGUGUCGGAAAAGCGUCGUUGUCCUUGCGCCGGUUCCAACCCCGAUCGUCCGGAAAGACGAGGGCACGGCGGAGGACGAAGGGCUCGCGGUCGAAACAACAACCGUAUACGAGGAAAUCAGGCUCCGGCUCCAGAUUUCGGAACGUCAUGUGAUACUGGGGUCGCUAAGCCGGUCUCUCUCUCUCUCUCUCUCUCUCUCUCUGCCGGUCUCUCUCUCUCUCUCUCUCUACAUCCUCUGGGCUAUUUCAUGGCACCCCACCUCCCAAGAGGGUUACAGAUUACUGCAUUAUCCACACGCGCCUAG